CCCCAGCAGCGUCCUCUCCUACUUGCAUCCUCAUUCUCCUUUCAGAGACAGAGCUGAUGCCCAGAACCCUCUAUCUCAGAGAUGUUACAGCUGCUGCUGCUGCUGCCUCUGCUGUGGGCAGGGUCCCUGGCUAAGGAUGGGAGAUUCCAGCUGCUAGUGCAAGAAUCCGUGUCUGUGCAAGAGGGCCUGUGCGUCUCUAUGCCCUGCACCUUCACCUAUCCCUGGAACUCCUUGACUGACACUGUCCCAGCUCACGGCUACUGGUUCUGGGAAGGGGCAAAUAUAUACCAUGAUGCUCCUGUGGCCACAAACAACCCAGAUCGAAAAGUGCAAGAGGAGACUCAGGGCCGAUUCCACCUCCUUGGAGACCCCCAGACCUACAACUGCUCCCUGGACAUCAGAGAUGCCAGGAGGAGUGACAACAGAAAAUACUUUUUUCGCGUGGAGAGAGGAAAGGAAAAACGGAAUUACAAGUCUAACCUCUCCGUGCGUGUGAUGGCCCUGACCCACACGCCCCACAUCCUCAGCCCAGGUACGCUGGAGUGUGGACACCCCAGGAACCUGACCUGCUCUGUGCCCUGGGCCUGUGAGCGGGGCACACCCCCCAUCUUCUCCUGGACAUCAGCUGCCCUCACCUCCCUGGGUCCUAGGACCCACCUCUCCUCUAUGCUCACCCUCACCCCACGGCCCCAGGACCAUGGCACCAACCUCACCUGUCAGGUGCAGUUCCCUGCAGCUGGUGUGACUGUGGAAAGGACCAUCCAGCUCAACGUCACCUGUGCUCCAGAGAACCCAGCCAUCGGUGACUGCCAAGGGGAUGGCACAGCACCCACAGUCCUGGAGAGUGGCUCAUCUCUUUCAGUCCUGGACUACAAGUCCUUUUGUCUGGUCUGUGUUGUCAACAGCAACUCAUCUGCCAGAGUGAGCUGGGCCCAGGAGAGCCAGAUCCUGAGUUCCUCACAGCCCUCAAACCCUGGGGUGCUGAAGCUUCCUUGAGUGCACAUCUGAGAUGAUGGGGAAUGCAUAUGCCAAGCUCAGAACCCUAUGGGAUUCAGCACUUCUCUCUGA